AUGUCUGGGAUGCGAGGAUCCGGAUAUCGACUUCGAGAUAGUCGAGGCAAAGAAGUAUUUCAGCCGCCGUAUCUGUGCAGUAGUAUGGAUUCAAACUUCCCGGCUACAAUCGACACGAACUUCUCCCCGGAGAGUAUGAUCGGCCACAAGCUACGGCGGCCACAGCAGGAGAGAAAAAACAAAAAGCUAGUGUCUACGUAA